AGCCUAUAUUAAAGACGCGCCAAAUGAUUUGGGAUAUAUGCAGAAUAUCCAGCGCUUUUUUUGCGGUUCUCUCGGGAGGAAGGAGUAGUUGCUGCCUUUACUUCUGUUUAGUUUCUCUUUCACUGGAACUGCGUGUUUUCGAUAUUUUCACACAGAGGGAAGCAGAAGGACAGACCAGUCAUCAGCCAUGGCAUCUCUCAGCAGCUCUAACACAGCCUUUGCCUUGGAGCUGUACCGCACUCUGGGUCAGACCAACACAGGGAAUAUCUUCGUCUCCCCCUUCAGUAUCAGCUCAGCGCUGGCCAUGGUCUACCUGGGGGCUAAAGGAGACACAGCCUCUCAGAUGGCAAAGGCUCUGUCAUUCAGCUUCACCAAAGACGUUCACACAGAUUUCCAGACACUCAAUGCAGAUAUCAACUCUCCCUCUGCAUCUUACAUCCUGAAACUGGCCAACCGUCUGUAUGGAGAGAAGACCUGCAACUUCCUGACCGAGUUCUUAGAAUCCACCCAGAAGUUCUACCAUGCAGACAUGAAGGCAGUGGACUUUCUCGGAGCAGCAGAGGAGACCAGAGGACAAAUCAAUGGCUGGGUGGAGAAGCAGACAGAGAAUAAAAUCAAAGAUCUGCUGAAGCAGGGGACAGUCAGUGGUAUGACAAAGCUGGCUCUAGUCAACGCCAUCUACUUCAAAGGAAACUGGCUGAACAGAUUUGACCAGAAUGACACCAAAGAGAUGCCCUUCAAACUAAACCAGAGUGAGAGCAAGCCAGUUCAGAUGAUGUACCAGAUGAAGAAGUUCCCCUUUAACUACGUCCCAGACUAUAACCUCCAGAUCGUAGAGCUUCCUUAUGUGGACGAGGAGCUCAGUAUGUUUGUCCUGCUGCCUGAGGAGGCCGCUGACGGAUCUGAUCCUCUAGCGAAGCUGGAGAGAGAGCUGACCAUGGAGAAACUGGACGAGUGGACCACCAGGUCCAACAUGGACACAGGCACGGACAUCAGAGUUCAUCUACCCAAGUUCAAACUGGAGGAGGACUACGAGCUGAAUGAUCCCCUGGCCCAGAUGGGCAUGAAGGAUGUGUUCGUCGGGGGCAUGGCUGACCUGUCUGGGAUGAAUGGGGAGGGGGGGCUCUUCCUGUCUACGGUGGCCCAUAAGGCCUUUGUGGAGGUGAACGAGGAGGGGACGGAGGCUGCAGCCGCCACUGCUGGGAUGAUAGCGUUCUGUAUGUUCCGAGAGGAACACUUCACGGCUGACCACCCCUUCCUCUUCUUCAUCAGGCACAACAAGACCAAAAGCAUCCUCUUCCUUGGGAGGUUUUCCUCUCCUCAGUAGAAGAAUAGUUAAAAAGCGUAAAUAUUUAACAUAAUUUACAACAUUUAUUUGACAGGGACAUUGAACAUCAAUCAACAUUUCUGUAAAUGUGCCAGAUUUAGCCAGCUAGCUAGUUCCAUCAGCACUUGAUUCAAUCCACUAUAAAACCAAAUAAAGGAAAAUGUCUUAAGUUUA